AUGACUGUCACAGACUUGUUUUGGGCACAUCCAGUGAGUUUGGAUUUGCUUCGUACAUUCCCUCGUGUGGUGAUUAUGGAUUGCACAUAUAAGACGAAUAGGCUUCCUCUUCUUGAAAUUGUGGGAGUGACAUCUACUCAUAUGACAUUCUCCAUGGCUAUCGCAUACUUGCAAACUGAGCGGGUUGAUAAUUUUGCAUGGGCGUUACAAAUAUUGCGUGAUCUUAUGGACGACAGUGUUUUACUUGAAGUCAUUUUCACAGACAGAGAGCUUGCUUUGAUGAAUGCCAUUAACAACACUUUUCCGAAUGCUCGACAUUUGUUAUGUCGUUGGGUUGAGAGUGCUCUUGCUAGAUUGAAAAAGCACAUUCAAGUUAAAGCAUCAUUCGAGAAGAGUUUGACAACUGUGCAACAUCAAUUCAAACUUUCUCAAUUUAGAGAGCUUCGGGGUAAUGUGUCUAUUUGUGCAUUAGAGUACGUGUUGGCAGAGAGUAAGAGAGCAAAUUCAGUUGGAAUUGAUGUUGUAGCAUGUGGGUGUGUUCUUAGGCGCACACAUGGUUUACCUUGUGCUCACGAGAUUGCAAAUUACAUGAGACAAAGCCAUCCUAUUCCACUAAGUAGCAUACAUUUCAAUGAGUUUGAUAUUGUCGCGCAAUUGGAUAUGUUGAAGAAGUUGAGGGAAAUUGCAAAUCUAGCAAGCACUUUUCUUAUUGAGCCUGGUGUGAAACCUAAUCCACGUCGAGGACAUAAGAAAACUGAUAUAUCUUGUCGUCGUGACCCGUGUGCAUUUGAGUUAGUUGACGAUGGCCAUGAUAGCUCCGGUUACGUCUCUAAUCCCGUGAGGUGGGGGUUAGGUCGUGACAAUAGCCAGAGCACAUUAGCUUCCAGUCAGUCAAAGAAAAAGAGACCUUCGAAAGUGCUUGAUAAGAAGCGGAAUGUGAAGACAAAGACAUAUCGUACAAGAACAAGUUUACUGAAUGCAUAUACUGGUGACUUCCUGCCUAUGUUAAUACCAUUUGUAAAGUUGAUGAAGGAUGUAGAUGGUAAUGGGAAUUGUGGUUUUAGAACUAUUGCGGGUUUACUUGGUCUUGGAGAGAAUGACUGGGUGCAAUGUCUCACUUUCUUACCUUUGAGAUCACCGCCAGCAACCCUAGUUGAUCGUCGCGAGAUUGCCAUUGGAUUUGUUAAUGGAAAUCAUUUUGUGCAGGUAUUUUUUAAGGCUGAUCAUCUAGUUUCUCCCAUUGCUGUGCUUUGGCAAGUUCGCCAUCACCCUUGUGCAUCAAAAUGGGAGGAUGCAUAUGUUAGCCGCAUUCAAAAAUUCAAAGACAACAUAGGACCUAAUGUAGCUACUCGAGAAACAUUUGAUGUAGUUGACAUUGAUUGA